CUUUUUGGCGGGAACGCGAGGAGUGAAGUUGUGUGAAUAGUUUUAUUUUGUCUAUUUAGUGUUUCUGCAGGUUUAAAUGUGUAAUAACGGUGGUUUAUUAACUGUUUAAUAUCUGUGAAAGUGCACAAAUGUGGGAAAGUGGAACAAAGCCGCUGGACGUAACUUGUCGGGAUCCUCCAAAAAGUCCUCUGAAAAAAUCUCACUAAAUGACCAUCAUUUUACUGAGAUUGUAAUUCAUCUCUUAUCAUCUCAUCUCAUUUCAUUUAAUUUCAUCCCAGUUGAUUAAUGUCUCAAAUUAAUCCUCUUCGUUUCAUUUCAUUUCACUCCAUUUUAUCAUUUUUCAUAAAAAUAAGAAUUUAUUAAAUUAAAAUAAGAAACGACCUAAAAGUCUUAGUUACCGGGUCAUAAAAUCCCUUAAAAAAGCUACCAGUGUAUGUAGAUAAACAUUCUAUUUUUUUGCUAAGUAAGUAAGACUUUUCCAAAAAACGAUCCACAUUAACAUACGAGCAAGUUACUACAAGUAUGUACUAAGAACGCUCUUGGCGUAGCGUUUACAUUUUAUUUGCGUUUCACUUGAUUUGACCCUACUCCACAAAGUCCAUGACGAAAUCGCAAUGGAUAUAAUUAUAAAAGUAAAUAAUCAAUCCAUUGGAAGAGACAAAUUGGCAAGAUUUAUUCAAUAUAUUAGCAAGCUUGUAUGGCAUCAAUUGGAGACCAGGAAUGCUAAUAAAUACUCCAUAGAUAGAAUAAAAAAUUUGGAAAAUGCAUUUAGUUCAUUUAGAAAGAUUCUGAGGUUGGGCAGAUGCAUAGACGUUUGCUACAUUGCUUUAGACAGCAUGAGCAUAGAAGAUCCAUUUUUAAGAUUAACAAUAACAGUUAGCAAGUUAUCACAUAGUUUAUUUUUGUAUGCAGACCACAUAGUAUGGUUGGCCAAAAGUGGAUUUCUAAAAACAGACUCAGACACUUGGAAUCAAACUGCAAAUAAAUUCUGGUUACUGUCUAUUAUUGCAAAUUUAGCACGAGACUUUUAUGAAAUACUCCAUUUGUUACAACUACACAAUUCAAAAUUUCUAAGGCCUUCUGAUUUAUUAAAUCUAUCAGUACAUAAAUUUGAUCUAAUGUCUACUUUGAAACACAUUCAUGUGUUAUUACUUUGUCAUAGAGAUAUAUUUGUUGAUACAUUGAAGAAUGCAUGUGACUUGUUCAUACCCUUAACAGCUCUUGGGUUUAUAAAAUUGAGUCCAAGUGCGAUUGGCACUUUAGGUGCUAUCUCUUCCAUUGCUGCUUUGAUAACUCUAGUUCAACCUAUAUCUAAAUUGGUACCAUCAUAAUGGCAUAAAAUAAGUGACAAAUUACAGAUUUAACUGUAUUGUUUGUUAAAUUUUUGAAUGAACAAAAUCAAGUCUUGUCACGAUGUUUCAGUGAACAUGAGAAAUGCUAUAAAAUACAAUAUCAUAUAUAUGAUUCAUCAUCAUUCACGAAUAAAUUAGUUACAUAAUAAUAAUAAUUUUAAUGCACUGAGUGUUUACCAUGAGUAGAUACUCUGACAUCCAUUUGGCGAAUUCUUUGAUCAGUGAUACACAACUUUUUUAUUGCAGUACACUUAACUAUUUCCAAAUUUGCCAUAAUUCAAAUAUAAUAAAGGUUUAAAAGUUGUAUUCUGACUACUUUCUCAAAUAGUGAUAAUAAUUUUGAAUGAAAAAUAAAAAGUACAAAAUAAUAUAUGUAUGGGGAUUUAUUCAAAGUUAUUAAUAGAAAUUAUUUUUGUUGAGGAAUACAUGAUGCAUACAGUGGAUGAGAAUCAGUUUUUAAUUGUUGAAGUAUAUAAAGUUUUUUCAUUCUCAAUUUUGCAAGCAAAAUUAAAUGUGUAAAAAAUAUUUUUGCUGUCUUACAGUAUACAUAUUUCCAUGUAAUAAUUUUAAUCAUAUAUAAGGCUGUAGUGAGUGACUUUGUGAAUACUGGUAUUGGUGUAGGAAAAUUAUAUUUUAUUUUGUACAUAAGGUACUAAAGGGAUUUAAAAAAUAUAUAAAUUAUUUACAUUAAA